GCCCAUGGGAAAAGACUAUGGGAAAAGUAGAGUCUGCGAAACAAAGUGUGAAAGCUUGUCCGGCCUCUUUUUGAAGAACAACCAUAUCUCUUUGUUUAUUGUUCAAACCACUGUGUUAAUAUUGUUUUGUACCCAAUCAAAUCAUAUGCCAAAAAGUUGGCAUAUGAUUUGAUUGGCUUCUUGGAGGCUCUAUUGUAUUUCUACAUGGAGCGGUAUUCCGCUCUCGCCGCGCGUUGCAGGGCUGUGUGUGUGUCAAGCGAAACCAUUUUUAAAUUUAUUUUUCUAUGAUGGCGACUGAAACAUCAACAGGUAGAAAGAACAUCGCGUGGAACCAAGAAUCGUUCGCUGAAGGAUUAAGCUUCGCUAAAUUCGUUCUUAACGUAGAUGAAGUGUAUCCUGAUCAAGAGAAAGCAAUUCGUGGAUUUUUCAGAGGCAAAGACCUCUAUUUCAGUGCUCCAACUGGAUAUGGGAAAUCGUUCGUUUUUCAAGCCAUCCCUCUCGUUGCAGACUAUUUGCUAGAUCAAAAUCCAUUUUCCAGUUGUAUUCUGGUUGUUUCACCGCUGCAAUCAUUAAUGCUGGACCAAGUGAUGAAAUUAAAUGCUUUAGGGUUAAAAGCAGCUGCAAUAUAUGCAGAUCAGACGGAAGAGGUUCUGAACAGUAUUUUGAAAGACGACGAAUAUGGCGGAGAUUUCACUUACAUUUUUACUUCGCCUGAAUCAAUGCUAGCUUCUGAAAAAUGGCGUACAUUUCUCAUGUCCACAUGUUUCCAGAAACGAUGCGUUGCAGUUGCAUUUGACGAGGCACAUUGUAUUGCACAGUGGGGCCUAACUGCAACACAAGGAACUCCUUUCAGAAAAUGGUUUGGAUUAGUUGGAGAGUUUAGAGCACUUCUUGGUUCAUGUGUUAAAAUUGCUGUUUUCACUGCAACAGCUUCAAAGUCUACCAAGGCAUCAAUUUUCAAUGCACUAAAUUUGCGGAUGUUUAGCACCUUUAUUGUAGAGAAAAGUCCAGUGAAACCCAAUAUUGUUUUUCAUUGCAAGUACAUAGGCAAUGACACAAAAUUGCAGGUUAUUUUUUCUGAAGUCAUUGAUGAAGUGAAGAACUAUGGUGUUGAUACAAAAAGAACAAUUAUGUUUUGUCAAACUAGAAAUCAAUGUGCUUUGAUUUGGAAAAUGUUUGAAAUUGUGUUGGCUGACAAAUUUUAUAAUGGUGAUUCAUGCAUACCAACUGCAAGGCUAAUUGAAAUGUUUCAUGCUGGAACACCAGCAUCAGUCAAGGAUCACAUUCUCAAAGAAAUUAAUAAAGAGGACAGCCAUUUGAGAAUAAUAAUUGUAACAGUGGCUUUUGGAAUGGGAGUUGAUUGUAAAAAUGUGCAUAGAAUAAUCCAUUUUGGGCCAGCAAAAACUGUUGAGUCAUAUCUUCAGGAAUGUGGACGGGCAGGAAGGGAUAGUAAGCAAAGUCAUUGCUAUUUGUUAUAUAAUGGCUUUUUAACAAGCCACUGUCAGUCAGAAAUGAAGCAGUAUGUUGUUGCUGAUGGAUGCAGAAGAAAGUUUCUUCAGGAUAGUUUUCCUGGUCCACAUGGUGCAGUAGCACCUGGUGAUUGUUGUGAUGUGUGUUUGAAAAACUGUAGUUGUCCAUCAUUAGUUCAGAAAAAAUGUGGGACAUUAGAAUUCAACAGGCCAUCAAAUAAAGCACAGAUAUGUGAAAGAAAGAGAUCUGUUUCACAGGAAGAAAAGGAUAAUUUAAAGGUAAAAUUGACUGAAUACAAAAACACACACAGACAAUCAAUUCCACAUGUAUCAGUUUCAUUCCCAAGUAUCUGUUUAGAGUUUACAGAUUUCCAUAUUUGGCAGGUUUUGAGACAUUGUGAUCAUCUCUUCACAUUAGAUGAUGUAUUCGCUGUUGUCGAAAUUUGGCGAAUGAAGCAUGCAGUCAAAAUUCUUCUUGCUGUUAGUGAUGUAUUUGGUGACCUACCACCAGAUGAGUUACAUGAAGCAAGAAACCUAGCAACAGAAGAUGCUGAAGAUGAACUAGAAGAUACUUGGUUAGCAGUAAGAGAUGACAGUGAAAUUGAUAUUCUAGAUGAUACAGAUCAGCUUCAAGAUAUGGCUGCAGGAAUGGAGGCACUGGACAAAUCUGGACCCAUCAAUCAAUCAUUAAGUGAUAUUCUGAACUAUGAGAAUAUAAAACCAACAAUUGAUGAGGAAGUGGAACCAAUGGAAAUGUGA